AUGUAUGAAAAAUGGGAAAUGCAUCAGACACUUCCGCAAGAAUUUGUUGAGAACAUAACAAUUGACGAAAAUGGUUAUCCAGUAUACAGACGCAGAGAUGAUGGAAAGACAAUCAUAAAGUUAGGUAUUGAUCUUGAUAAUUGUUAUGUCAUUCCUUAUAAUAGGUAUUUAUUGAUGAGAUAUGUAGCACACAUCAAUGUUGAGUGGCACAACCAAUCUAGAUCAAUAAAGUAUUUAUUCAAGGAUGAGCACGAUGAAGUCAGUAUGUAUUAUGAUUGUCGAUAUAUAUCUCCAUGCAAAGCUGCUUGGAGAAUUUUUGGGUACAACAUUCACUAUAGAGACCCGUCUGUGGUAAGGUUGGGAUUUCACUUGCCAAACGAGCAACCAGUGGUUUUCAGAGAUGAUGAGAAUUCGGAAGACAUUUCUAGAAAAGCUUCUGUAAAGGAAUCCAUGUUUUUGGAAUGGUUUGAAGUGAACAAGUCAUAUCCCAAAGCCCGAUCACUUACUUAUGUUGAAUUCCCAACAAAAUUUGUAUGGAAAGCAAAGGAGAGGAAAUUGUUUCCACGAAAGUCACUUGCUGUGAUAGAUCUAAGACUAACAGAUGAUGAGUUGAAGGAGUUAGCUCUAAUAGAUAUUGAGCUAAUACUCAAGGGGUACCAUAAGAGUCUUACAUAUUUUGAAUCAUGCCACACUCCAUCUUUGACUCAUGCACCUCUCAGAUGA